CUUUUUUGGAAGAAGUUUUAUUUCUUUGGAGAAUUAUUUUUUCCCCUAAAAUACAAUUCUUGUGAUUUUGUAAAUUUGAUUCUUUAGAUUCUAAGGCGGAAUCUUCUAGAUGGGUUUUUGGUUCUGCUGAAUUCUUUGAUGUAUGAUUGAAGAGCCAAAGGAAAGUUGAAUCAGUUUGUGCGACUCGUCGUUGAAGAAACAUGAAUCAACCACAUCAGUAUGGCGAAGCUCAAGAUGAAGCCAUCGUGACAGGUUUCGAAGUACCAAGAUCACCCGAUGCGAGUUACAACAACGUACAUCCUGGAAACGAAGAUGAUGAGCGUGAACCACCAAUGGUUCCAACACAUCUGCACAAUACCGUAUUGAACCACCACAGUGUGACUAGAGAGCAAUCUGCAGAUUUGCCAUCACCACAACACGUGGUUCUAAACCAUCUCUACCUCGAGAACAGACCAGCUCCGGGACCAGUCGUGGCAGUCGGUGUAACAUCUCGUUUUCGCUCAAAGUAUGUUACUGUCGUGCUUUACAAACCAGUUGAAAGGAGAGGAGGAAGUAGCAGCAACGCCUGAUUGUUCGUUUUGAUGGAAACAAUAGAUAGAGAGGUAAAUACACAGCAAUUGAUCUGCAGGAAAACGUUUAUUUCUUCACACUUGGUUGUGAAAGUAGAUAAAAUUAGGAUCGCGAUCGCCCUUGGACUUGAAACAAUCAAAAUUAGAUCGCGGUUAGUUUCGAAAUUUUUUACUUUUGCAGUAUGGUUAAAAAAGUAGUCAUGUCUGCUGUUAGUAUGACUUUAGCAAAGUUUCAUUGUUGUGCAUUAGACUCUGGCAUAUGUUUGAUUACCUUAUAUUCAUCAUGUGUGAUGACCUUUACAAUUAUAUACUCUUCAUUCUGAAAAGGGAUCUUUAUACAAAUAGUCUUCCA